GGGAUUGAAAAUCUGAAGUGGGUUCAUGGGGGAUAGAAUAGCGGAUUCUGUGGAUUGUAUGCCAUGCAGAGCGGGGUACGACGGAUAGAGGAUAUGAUGAGUGGUUCGUGCCCCAGCGCUUGUUUGCGACAGCAAAACGGACCGAAAAAUAUAGUGUGCCGUCACGGCUGAAGCAGUGCUUUGGCACGACCCUAGCGCCUACACGAGGCGAUGUCCUUCUUCAUGGAAUAAGCUGCAUGCUGUAGACGCAUUGCAGCAGCCACGCACCUUGACCAAAACCUUUGCUUCAGAAAUAGGCAUAACAGACGAGGAACUCAGUGGGAGAAGAAUUGAGAAUGAAGGAUGCCAAACACUUACCUGGAUCACAUCGAGAGCCUGUCAAGACGUUUCAGGGUCAUGAUAGUAACAUCGUUUCAAUCGCAACUUUUCCGGAUGGCAAGAGAAUAGCGACUGGGUCCUACGACAACACAAUACGCAUAUGGAGCCUUGAGGACGGCAAGGAGAUGAUGAAGUGGGUGGUGAAGCAGAUGCUCGGCGCAUUUGUAGUCUUGGGAAACGGGAAACAGGUUGUAAGUGCUGAGGGAGAGGAUCCAAGAAGCGAUCCUAAAAAAGGUUUUCAAGAAGACGAUUUUGAUAAUGUGGCGUAUUGGGGGUUAUGGGUACGUGAUGUUGAGAGCGGGAGGAUCGUCGCAGGUCCCUUGGAAGGUCACACCAACGCUGUGUUUACUUUGGACAUUUCCCCUGACGGCAAGAUGUUGGCCAGCGGGUCAUUCGAUCGCACAGUGAUUUUAUGGGACACGACCACCUGGCAGAGGAAAGGUCAUCCUCUUGCGUGCGGAUCACCCAUCUAUUGCGUCCGAUUUUCUCCGACCGGUCAACUCGGCGUUGCUACGAUGGAAGAUAUCCAAAUAUGGGACUUGAAACGAAGAAAACGUCUUGCUCAAUUCAACGGCCACCGCGACUUUCACAAUGCAGCGAACACCUCGCUCACCUGGACUCAUGGUGGCACACAUCUCUUCUCAGCUGGUAGUGGCAAUGAUCCUGUCAUCCGCUGUUGGGUCCCAUCCACCUCGAAACAGGCUGGUGAUCCUUGGACUGGCCAUGACGAAAAUAAACACAUCUUCCACAUCGUCUUGAACCCAGCUGGCACCCUUCUUGCAUCAGCAUCUGACGACCACACUGUUCGAUUGUGGCAAUUCCCCACAGGCACAGAAGUCGCCCGAUUUGAGCACUCACAUCAGGUGUUUCGUGUUGCAUUCUCGGUGGAUGGACGCUCCAUAUUCAGUGGCGGCCAUGACAUGAAAAUCUCUCAAUGGGAGAUACCUAGGGAUGUGCUCGCAGCAGUAGAAAGUGUUUCUCUGGCCAGCGCGAAGAACAAGUCUGAAACUCAGCCCAACUCCCUAUCUUCAUACCUUGACGCUGAUGCUACCGGGGGCGAUGGCAUGAAUGAUAAUCCAUACAACAACUUCUUCCAGUCUUCGAAUCAAUCUCUUCCAUCGGCAUCCCCUGGCUCCCAUCUCCCCCACCUAUUUUCAGCUCGCCGCUUCUUCAAGGUCUUCUCUCGCCCUCACCCACCGGCAGACGAGUCUGUUCCAAAAGAACGCUCGAAGCGCAAGUUCUUCGCUCGUCGUGCUCGCUCAAACGCAUCCCUGGAGCUCGCAACCAUGGCAGGCAAUCCACCAGCACAAGAAGGGAAAGUGGGAGAAGGCAGUGGCGAGCAAGGUGACAAUGAUUGCGGUUCCGCGAAUGAUCCGCCCAGCGCCAGAAAUAAUGAAAGCGGACAGCGAGACGAGACUCCCACCGACACGCAGAGCCCACUGUCUCAUGCACUCACUCCCCCUGCCGACCUCCAUAGCAAAUAUCAUCGAAACCUUUGGGAAUGGGUAAUACAGGCACGAGGAAACAAUGCUAUAUCCAGUUCCCUGGAUUUCAGUACUCGGCCUUCAAAUGCACCCAAACCAAUACCCCGCCAGCCUUGGCACCGGAAUUCCAAUUUAUUUCCCGCAAGAUCUUCUAGACGUCCCGUUGAUGUGGCCGCUUGCCGCGACGAAGAUGUGAGCAGCUUGUCAUUGCUGCUCUUUCAUAUCAUUAAAAUCACUGUGCAGAGAUACGGCAUUGUCCCUGAAUCUGACGCGGAAGCGGCUGCAGCUAUGCUACGGACAAGCGACAAUGAGGUCGACAGUCCCAUGCAACCAGGUCGACCUGCAGUGGGGGCGCAAGUGUCUCACGGACGGCCCACACAAACACAAGCCUUGACCAGCAGGCCAGAGGGAGACGUCUAUGAAGGAGUAAGCUGCUGCGGAAUUUUCUUAGGCUAUCGUCGUCGUUCCAACUCACUUCAGCCAUGAUGUCAUUUUCUGAGACACUCUUUGUCACACAAUCAAUUUCUUUUGUUUGCAUAGUAGAUGAACCAUAUCAUACCCAGCUCUGCACCGUCCGAUGUACACG